GGUAUCACAUUCACAACAAUCCCGAUCCCCGUGUUGCGGUCGUUGAGGCGGACGACCGCUAGUGCCUGUGCAGUGCUAGUGAUAAUUGAUGUUCGCGGAUCGUCGAUAAUAACUAAUAACGUUGCACGCGUUAAUUAUUUUCUCGAAAUCUUCCAAGUGUACCGGGCUUUUCGACCGCUGACCCUUCGGGUCUUGUGCUCUAGGUCACGUCUGUUCGGCACACGUCCCUAUCGCGACUAUUCGCGCCACAAUGCCGGACAGCAACCCUGUGAACGAUCAACGGAUCUCCUUGUUCUUGAGAAAACUCUGGGCGAUGGUCAACAGCCCCGAGACUGACAACGUAAUCGCAUGGGGAGAGGAUGGUGACAGUUUCAUCAUUAAUGAUCCAGUAGAAUUCUGUGAUGUUCUGCCAAUGUAUUUUAAGCACAAAAACUUCAUGAGCUUUGUGCGGCAGUUACACUUAUAUGGUUUUAGUAAAAGAAUAUCUGAUGCUGAUCAUACAUCUAAUCACGGAACAUCUUGUGAAUAUGCCCAUCCAUAUUUCAUGAAGGAACACCCAUAUUUAUUAUUAUCGAUCAAACAAAAGAGAGGAGAAAAAGUGCAACAACACAUAAAAACUGAUAUUGAUUCUAUUGAAACAAUAAGUAAACUGUUACAAGAAGUAAAUUCGGUGAAAGAUAAAAAUAAAAUGCUUGAUUCUAAAUUUGUGGCUAUGAAACAUGAAAAUGAGUGUUUAUGGCGUGAAUUGGCAGUUAUUCGACAGAAGCAUAUGAAACAACAGAGAAUACUGAACCAGUUAAUCCAAUUUCUAGUUACUUUAAGACAACCUGGUUCCAAUAAUACUCUGUGCAGGGAAGUAAAAAAUAAUGUCAGAUAUGUUCUUCCUAUUAUGCAUCAUAAGCCAUCAGAAAAAACAAAUUCAAGUGAAUCAUUUACUAAUCCAAAAUAUAAACCAUCUACUUCAUUUGGACCUGUGAUUCAUGAACUAGAUGCUGCUGAUAUUCUGGAUUCAAAUGAUAUUGAUCAAAAUCAUGGAUCAAUUUUAAAAGAGGAUAUUGAAUCAGAAGGUGUUGUUCUUAGUCCUAGCAGUGUUUCUCAAAUGUUAAAAAGUCCAGAUGAUUCAACAGUUGAAGAGGUUUUUGCACCAAAUGAAAUCAUAAUGAAUUCACCAUUUGAAGAAUUGAUAAGAGAAGUUUCAAUAUCUCCAACUGAAGAAUUAUUAAAACCUAAUUUAACAACUGAUUCUUCAAAAGAUCAAAAAUUGAAAAUAACUAAACAGACUAAUUAUGCACCUAAAAAGAGAACAAGGAAAGAUAAUUAUCCAAAGAAAAAACAAAAGUUUACACUGGUUGAUAAUGGUGAUAAUUUAAAACCUAUUAAUUCUCCUCUUUCAUAUAUUAAAAUUGAGCCACAAGAAAAAGAUCUGCCUGUUAUUUCUAUUCCAGACAUGGAUAUAAUUGAGCCUGAAGUCUGUAUUUUAAACAAUGAUAGUUUAUUGAAUAAUGAAACAACUUCAAGUUCCGAUAAUAUGCAGCUUGCUAAUCCAGAACCCAGGCAAGUUCUUAAAUGUGCUGAAAGCAGUUUCAUGCAACCUAAUUUAUCACCACCACCCAGCUUAUUAAGUGGAAUCGAAUAUAAUAAAGAUUUAGAAAAAGAUUCUGUAGUUAAGCAAAUUGAUACAAUUCAAGGAGAUUUGGACAAUUUGUUGAAAGGAUUGAAUGAUAAAUACACAUUUGAUGCUAACAUGUUUCUUAAUUUCAUAAAUGACGAUCCAACAAAUUUAAAUCUUCCAAUGACAUCAGAAGAACAGGUUCUAAAUGAUGCCAAAAAUGGACUAAAUGUUACACCAGAUAAUCAGAUUGUGUCAUGUUUAUCACCAAAUAGUUAUGAUCUAAAUGAUUUGAUGACAGCUUCAGCUGACUGGACAAUACCAAACACGCCAAUAUCUUUUGAUGCUAUAAAUGAAAACGACGUUUUGAAUACUCCUGUUAAUGAUUCUUUAUUAGAUUCUGAAUCAAUUUUUCCUAAUUCAUCACCUAAUAGUGAAAAAAAAUAGUUUUAAUUUAUACAACUUAAUGUAUAUAAAAUGUUUUUGUUUUUGUUUUGUAUGACAUAAUGAAGAUUUUGGAGUUGUUAAAACAAUAAA